AUGAGUAGAGACACGUCUCAAAAGUCAAUCAUCCGUCUACAACUCAAACCACUGGUUAAUUUAAUUUUCGCCAAAAAUAAACACACAUCUCAAUUAAUUUCAAUCGCAAAUAACAUAAACUCAUUCUGGAUAACAGUACAGAGUGACGGAUAUGAAAUCAGAACUAGCUUUGGCUUUAAUUAUGAAAAGAUGGAGAGAGUGGCAGAACGUGGUUCACCACCAGCUGCCUCACCAGCAGCAAGCAGAGCGCUUGCAUUUGAUAAGAUUGUACAAGUUGUACAAGAAAAUAAAAGAAAAGGAAAGUAGUAAUAUUUUGAAUGCAACGAACCUGUCCAACAAAAGACCAGCUCCUGGUUUAGGUGAAGUUCCC